CUGAAUCUAAAAACUGCGUUUUAUGGAAAGUGAAAGGGAGAGUGAACGUGCAGACAAAGAUCAAACACUUUCGUCUUUCAUUUUCAAGGUCUACGAGGAAAUUUGCUCGAUUACGGGAGCUCGGAUCUGAUUCUAAACCUGAACUAGGUGUUGAUUUCUGUCUUUGAAGUCAAAUCCUGGACCUGCUUGAAGCAUAUUUCCAUCUGGGAUCACGAUGGGUUUACACAUGAGAUGUGUAACACGCAUGGCCCCUUUGGUGCUUCUUUUCUCAUCUUUGUCAACUGCUGCCUCUGUUUCAAAGAGCCUCGUGGUUUUGGUCAGGUCACCUGUCUUAGAGCCCCUGGGUGGAGAAAUCACACUACCAUGCUGGCUCAAUCCACCACAGAGUGCCGAGGCUCUGGAGGUACGCUGGUACCAGAAUGAUCGAUUCGAUACCCCAAUCAUACAUUAUCAGAAUAAAGAAAUGGUAGCAGAUCCUUCGUACGUGGGCCGAGCCUCAUUUGCCCUAAAGGAUGCAGCAUCCGGUGGGCUGGGAGCAGGAGAUGUGAGCCUGAAGCUGCAAAAUGUCAAGAUUGAAGACGUGGGAGAUUACAUUUGUUAUGUGAGCAGUGAUCAUGGUUAUGACCGUGGAAGUGUCAGUCUCAAGGUGACAGAAAUGGGAACCAGCCCGCUCCUGUCAAUGGCGUGGGCAGAAGAAAAUGUGGUGAAUAUGAGCUGUGAAUCUGAAGGCUGGUAUCCGAAGCCGAGGCUGCACUGGACCGACCACAAGCACAAUCUGACCCCAAAGAGUUUGCAGUACAGCAAAGUCUCUUCUGGUCUUGUGUCAGUCCACAGCUGGCUGCUGGUCCCGAGCUCUUCAGAGGUUUCCUGCUUAGUGGGUCUCUCUGAUGAGGACGUAAAGGAGGCAAGAGGGCGUCUGGGAGUCCUUCCUCAAGCUGACAAACAGGUGCCUGGAUCAGUGCCUGGAUUGGUGAUCACCAUUCUAGUCCUUGUGGCCGUGUCAGCUGUACUUGGAGGACUGUACAUCAAAGAGAGAGUUUUACGGAAGAAAGACAAAUCAGAGAGGAGCCAACCUGAGGAGAAUAAGAAGCUUUUACAAGAAGUUGAGGGGACAUCUCUUGAAGAGGCCAAAAAGCAUUAUGUAAAUAUUGAACUCGACAAAAGUACAUCGAAUCCAAACAUCAUAAUCAAAGAUUGUAUCUUCAGAGAAAACAUUGGUCCUGAUGGAAAAGCAGUUACCUGUCUCACAGCGAUUAGGGGAACCCCUGGCUUCACUUCAGGACAACACUACUGGGAGGUGUCUUUGGAGAAACCUGGAGCAGGGAUCAAACAGUCCUGGUGGGUGGGGGUAACACAGGCAACUGACUUCCCUCUGCAGGCUGAGGCUCUUUCUAGCCCAUCUAAUGGUUUCUGGUUCCUGUCGUCCUCCCCUGUCAGAGCAGUCAGCCUUCAGUUAAACACAGAAUCAAAGGUUUUACUGCCUGUCAGCUCAAGGCUGAGAACAGUUGGUGUGUAUCUGAAUUAUGACAGUGGAGAGCUUUCCUUUUUUAAUGUUGAAGAUGAAUCUGUCAUUGUGUCUUUCAUAACUACAUUCCAUGGUGAAGUCUUUCCGUUUUUCAAUCCUGGUAUAGGUGACAAAGCACCGAUGGAGAUAUUAAAGAGGACAGAACAGUGAAUGUAAUGGCAUGGGCAAAAGAGCCUGAAUCUUAAUAUCUUUUGAAUCCAACUUUUCUAUAUUAAUAGUUAUACAGAUACGGCAAAUAAUAGUGAAAAGCAUAGAGGGGCGAAUCAUAACCUGUACAUGUGUUGUAUAUACUUUAUUGUGAAAAUGCCAUUUCAUCAUGACAGCAUGUAAACUACAUGAUGAUGCAUGAUAAUCUAAAUAAGAUGUAGGUCAUGUCUCUGUAUUCUUAUUGGUUGCAAAAUGUAAUGCAUUCCUACACUGCUACACAUCUGAAUUAUAAUGAAUUUAUAUUGACGCCAUAAUUAAGUCAUUCCUUCUAUAUAAUCAUUCAGUGAUAUUAUUCAUCAUAUGAUGAAUAAUAAUUGUCUUAUCACUAUAAGGUUUAGAUUGUCUCUAUUGUUUGCAGAGCUUUCUUGGUGUGUAGGGCCCUGACCCAUACCACAUCCUUCCAGAACUUUUUGUUAAAUAUUUCUUACAAGAUAUACAAGAUGUUCUUUGCUCUACUUUUUUAUCUCAUAUAACGUUCAU